UACCGGUCUAGUCAUCGCUUAGCGCAGGCGGCGGGGAGGGUUGCGCGCGGCCGACGUCGACCAUCGCAACGAAGCGGUCCACCCACAGGACACCCGCGACGACAUAGUCUACGCCCGGAGCACGGCAGACAGCUGAUUUCAGCGACAGGACCCCAGCGAGCGGCCACCAUGUCCCACUCCAUGACCUGUGACCCGUACGGUGACCUCGACGCACCACGAGGGCACCGCCUUCGUCAUCAACACGGGCCACUUCAAGACCGCCCCCGGCGUGAUCAAGCUGCUCCAGCUGAUACUCGGCAUCAUCACCACCGCCAUCAUGGGCUACUACAUGGGGAACUACGCCCGGUAUAACCUGCGCAUGUUCCGGCCGGAGCUGUUCUUCCUCCUGAUCUCCGUGUUUGCUCUCAUCACCACCGCGUGCGUCAUCAUCUCCAUGGUCCUCAGCAUCGGCACCGCCUCCAUCUUGCCGCGCACCUUCUUUGAGGUGGUGUACCACUUUAUCGCGUUCCUGCUGCUCUGCGCCGCUUCCAUCACCCUUCUUGUGGUGCUCACGGACAACAGAUACAGGCGGGACCCAAACUACGAGCCCAAGCUGGCUGCCGCGGCUAUGGGACUAAUCAACUCGUUCCUGUAUCUCUGCUCAUUCAUCAUGGCCGUUCGCUCCUGGAGGGUUCUGUAAGCAGUGCCAUCUGUCCGCCAUGUUUGAACCUCUAGUUGCAGUGUGCGCCCGCGCUCACAGUGCCUCGUUGGCAGAGCAACAAAAGGUUCCUACUUGGCAAUGGCGCUUGCUUCCGUAAGCCACGCUCGCGUGCAUCGACAAAGUGUGUAAGUGUUCAAGUCCUGUAGUGGUAGUAGCCGUGUACCAUUGAUGUUUGACGUCAUAGCUACCGUUUUGCGGUUUUAACGGGCGAAUCGAAGCAUCCGAAAUGUUUGGCCGAGUCGCGUGCUUGCUUGGUCCCAUCGCUGUUUUGCCUUAAGCGUAAGUUGAAAAGCCGUCCCCCUGCGAACUGCCCCGGAGCUGCAGCCAGCCUCGACGUGCCGUGCAUCUUAAACUGCCGCGUGCCGCAGCUCGUGCUCUGGACGUGCCGUGCAUCUGUAGCUGCCGCACGCUGCAUCUCGUGCUCUGGACACACCGUGCAUCUAUAGAUGUCGCGUGCCGCAGCUCGUGUCUGUAACUGCCACGUGCCGCAGCUCGUGCUCUGGACGUGCCGUGCAUCUAUAGCUGUCGCAUGCCGCAGCUCGCGUCUAUAGGUGCCGCGUGCCGCAGCUCGUGCUCUGGACGUGCCGUGAUCUGUAACUGCCACGUGCCGCAGCUCGUGCUCUGGACGUGCCGUGCAUCUAUAGCUGUCGCGUGCCGCAGCUCGUGUCUGUAACUGCCACGUGCCGCAGCUCGUGCUCUGGACGUGCCGUGCAUCUGUGGCUGCCGCAUGCCGCAGUUCGUGCUCUGGACGUACCGUGCAUCUGUAGCAGCUGUACUGUGCUGCUCUGUGCCAUGAACACCCUUCGUCUAGGCUGGCCGUGUGGUGGAGUCGUAAAAAGCAUGGAGGUAGGGGAGCGGGGGGGGGGAGGGGAGGCGUAUUGAGAAGAAAGAGAGGCCCACAGGAUUUCUCCUGGGUUUCCUCUCCAAUAUCUUUAGCUUUGGAUUUGGUGUGCUAUUGGCGGGGCCUGGAAGUGGGGGGGGGGGGGGGGGGAUGGGCAUUGUCAUCCCCUCAAAGACGUGCGGAAUUUCGCCCUGUGGCCUUGUGUAUUACGCCGUCCAGAUUAGCUCUAACUCACAAGUGAGGCGCCCCUGGACCUCCCCGAAAAUGCGAUACUCGCUAUUUGACGAUCGCUUGGAAACGGCUUUGCUUGCAUUGCGCCCGUAGUCUGAACUCUUGGUGAUGCCCAGGAAGAGGAGACCGGGCGGCCGUGAUCAUCUUUAUGCCCCAUUGUCUGAUGAGGCGCGCUCUAUCGCUUCUUUUGCCGCGAGCAUUUGUACUGACCACGUGGUGGAGCUUGUUUGGUGAUAGCGCUCCUAGUUCGUGUGAGAAGUGUGCGAGCUGUUAACUGCCAUGCCAUGCUUACGAAUAUACGUCAGCCUUGUCAA